CUUUUCUUUCUCGCCCUCACUCCCGCCCACUCGUCUUCUCUCUACUCUUUUCUACCUCUUUCUUAUUUCUUGAACUCCAUUUUCUUCCUCUUCACCGCCUCCGCUUGUCUUCCUCGCCCUUACUCCACCUCGCUUUUGCAUGAGCCACAGGCUGGUAUCUUAUCACCGAGCAAUGCUUCCCUCCCGUAUCUAAUCACUCCGGGAUCCUGCCUUGUCUUUCUCCUUUUUCUCUUUUUCUUUUGCUCUCGGGAACAGCAACGAAACGAGAUCUCUCUUCAAUCCUUUAUCUUUUUAUUUUUUAUUUUUCCUUUAUUAAUACCACAUCGUAUAGUAAUGUCGUUCGCGAACGGAUAUAGUCUGCACCAUGACUCGAUCGCAAAGCCCGUGGCCAUCUAUCCGCAGGAACACCCACAGCGGAAGCGGUUCUCACCGCGAUACAGCGCCUCGGCUGCGUCCUACACCACCUACUCCUCAGCACUCGCUACGACUUUUCUGCAGCAGCAACAGUUACAGCAACAGCAGCAACAGCGAAGGAGCUACACCUACCAGGACAGUCUAAACAAGUAUGGCGAUAAUACCAGCAAUAAUUCCAUCGAACACCACCACCCAUCCGUCAUUUAUGGUCAUAACAACAGUAAUAACACUUUCACAAACAACAAAAACAACAACAAUAUCAACCGUAAUCAGCAUCGUAAUCAUAAUACCAUCCCCGCCUCUCCACCUUCGCCUUGCUCGGCCCCGGACGCGUCGUCCUGCCACUGUUCGCGAUCGAACCCACGCCACCAGCCGUCUUCGCCCUCACACUCACACUCGUCCUCAAUCUCGACUGUCUCUUCCGUCUCGACUGUCUCCGCCAGCAGUAGCACCCACCCAUCACCUUCUUUGAGCAGUGUCGUCAUGUCGACCGCCUCACCUUCUGCUGCAGCCAUGUCAGAGAGCUACUCGUCGUCGCUGUCUUCAACAGGAAUGUCUCACUGCUCGCCGAUCUUGUCCCAUACACUGACGGCACUAUUACCGGAUGUGAUCCAGUUUGGACAUCCUGCUGCUGUUUCACACACAGCUCCUUCUACAGCAGGACCGAGUUCGCCUGUGGAUACCAUGUCGAUCCUAAACUUGACAUCGUCGUCAUCUUCACGGACAUCGAGUGCGUCCUCGCAGGCUUCAUCACCAGUCAGGAUCACCAGCCGACCGUCUCCGUCUUCAUCCUCGUCUACAUCGAUGGCAUCGUUUUCUGCAGCAGAGGCGAUGAUGAUCAUGAGUGAGCGCGAGCGUGAGGAGCGUGAGUGGGAACGGGAACGGGAGCAGAUGCGGGCCGUGAGUGGUUACUUUGCAGAUCCCUGUGCGGCUCUACCCUCGUCGCCCUCGCCCUCUCCUCCACUGAGGGGAUCCGAGACUUCAUUGGCACAAAGACGGCAGCGACGGCUUCAGAGGCAUCAGCAGCAAUCUCAACAGCAGAAUUACGAGCAGCAGCAGCAGCAGCAACUGAAGCAGCAGAAGGAGCAUCGACAUGCACGCCGGGCGUUGGCUGCACAGAGACAGGAACAUGGAGAAGGCGCAUGUUUACGGGAUGCGCAACAGAUGCAGUCGUCUUCAGCUUUGACCGCCUCGAGAUCUCCACCGCCUUUUCCCUCCCAUCGGUACCGUUCGAAUCAACACCACCAUAAGCACCAUUCCUUCUGUGCCUUGACCUCUUCCUCCUCCUUGUCGUCCUGCCAGCACUCCUCAGGUUCAAUGGCAUGCACGACGACCUCUACGGCGCCCUUCAACUCCCCACAGGCGAUCGCACAGAGUUCGAGUCGGUAUAUCCGAUUCCUGUGGCUACCCCUGUUGUCGCUCCUGAUCCUCGCGGUCGGGGGCCAGACCUCGGCCAAGUUCGAGUCUCCUGUGAAGUACAUUGUAUAGUUUUUCUUCAAUUCUUUCUUGUAGCAUCUUCUUUUCUAUC